UCCUUGAUUUUUAGAAUGGGGGGAAAGGUCCUAAAGAGUACAAAACUUACCCUUCUGUUUGAUCAAACUGAUCCUCACAAAGUGCUGACAUUACUGUCUGGCAGGAAAUGAUAGAGGUUAGAAACAUAUCAUAAACGUUUAUAAUAUCAGAAAUUCUGGGAGGCUACCCUGAAAACAACUUCUGUCAGAGGAAUGGCAUCAUCUUUACAAACAUGUGCAUUGCUGCUGGCUUUAACAGGAUUCAUCCUUUUACUUGUCACUACCAUGUCCAACAGAUGGCAAAUUUCUGACACUACAGCAGUGCUAGCUCCUGCAGAAAGGAUUUCUGAAGGUCUUUGGAUGGACUGCACAGUUACUGAUUUUGGAUCAACGCAGUGCAAGAAGUUUCUCUACAUGUUGAGUUCGGAUAGAUGGGCAAUUAUUGGAGCUACUUUGCCGCAUAAUUAUUGGAAAGUCUCCAGUAUACAUGGCAGUGUGAUCACAACAUCUACAUUGUAUGAAAACCUCUGGAGGAGCUGUGCAGAAGACAGCACUGGAGUAUCCAACUGCAGGGUAUUUGACUCUAUGUUUGCUCUGCCUGUCCACAUUCAGGCAUGCCGUGCCUUGAUGAUUGUUUCCAUCCUUUUGGGAUUUAUAGCUGCAGUGCUCUCGCUUCUUGGUUUAAAAUGCACAAACAUUGGGCUAAGUGAUGAAGAUGGAAAAAUGAAGUUUGCUGUCACAGGAGGAUUUCUCUUUAUUUUAGGAGGUCUCUCUUCGAUGGUGGCUGUUUCUUGGUAUGCUGCAAUGAUUACUGCUCAGUUUUUUGACCCACUGUACGCUGGAACCAAAUAUGAACUGGGAGAUGCUCUGUACUUAGGCUGGGCUGGAUCUAUUCUUUAUAUGCUUGGUGGUAUCUUCCUAACCUGCUCAUGCAAAGGGAAGAAAAAAAUGGAAUACAGUGCCAGCAAAUACAGAUACUCAGCAGGCCAGCCAGCCCUUCAGCAGCAAAUUUACACCAAAAACUCUGAGACAAUCACAAGUGCCAAAGAGUAUGUCUAAACUGCUAUUUUUACAUCACUUGUAAUGUUAGUAGGUUAUGAAUUUAAAUUAGCAAAGUGAACUACUUCCAGUGUUUCAGUUCCAAGUUGCUAUCUUUCAUCUUAAUUUGGAGAUGAUUUACAUCUGAGCACCUCCUCCUGGAAAUGGUUUUAAAGUGGAAAUAGGUUUCUACAGAGAAUGAAAUCCUGCAGCAUGAAGAUUGUCUGUGUGCUGAGAAGCCUGGUCAAAUUGAAUCACAGAGUGUGGUACAUCCUGAUAAUCAAGACCAACUUUUUCUAUUUCAGAAAACCAAAAAAUAUGAAACUCAUAUGCUGUAGCUGCCUGCAAGUUAAUAUAUCUCACUGUUAGAAAUGUAUUAUAUUUUCAUUAAUGUUUAGCAGCUUUGGCUUUUGACAGUAAAGCUUUAUUCCACUGACUGACUGAAACAGAUUUUUUGAUGAGAAGCAUCCUGGCCGUUAAUGAAGAUGCAGUCUACGUACCAGGGCUUGAAAUCUCAUGGUACACUGAAAUACAUAUUACGUAUAUAGUCAAGAUUUAUGAAACCUUCGAAAAUCCUUUAGAAACAUCCAUUCGCCUCCGUAUCUGCAGAUGUGCAACUAAUUCCUUGUUGGUUGGAAUGCAGCUAGAAAAGAUAAAUGACGCAAGAAUGAACCAAACACAGCUGGGAGUGGAUAAAGUAUUUGGUCAGACUGUGCCUUGUCGUAACUAGAAGACAGCCCUGAUUUUUUAUUUUUAUUUCUAAGUUUUCAGGUUUUAAAAUAAUUCUAUUUUGACUUCCAGCAAUCUCUUACUUUGGGAACUUCUCUUGCAUCUGAAUUGCUUCAUUCAUCAGUUGCUUUAUUCUCUGUUGUGAUUCCAGCUUUAGAAUUUCUGCCUUAAACUACUCCACUACUGGGAGCAUAUGUUUGGCUUAUGUAAGCACUUAAGACACUGAAGAUGAACUGACUUUCCUUACUACUGAUGUUGUGAGCAACGUGGAGUGGAAUUUCACUCUGUAGGCUCUCGGUGUUCAUAACUUCCCUCUUAAAUUAUAAAUGUUUUAAUACAGUUCAACAAGAUACUUUGGUAUGUCUUUCUGCUUUUAACAUCUUUUGGCAAAACAUAGCAGUAGUCUUCUUUAGAAGCUUCAUGCAUCUUCCUGAGCCUUCCUUCUUUGUCUAUUGAAAUAGAUAAUUUCACAGUGCAACCUGCAAGUACUCUUAGAAAAAAUAGCUUAGUUACGUUUCUUGCAUGUAAGUGCAGCUGAACAGCUAACUUGUAAGCUGACCCAUUAAAGCAUGCAUUUGGGCACUUGUAGAUCUUUUUAAACUUAGUAAAUAAAGCUAAAAGGAGUGAUAAUUA